GAAACGCCCGGGGCGGACGUCACGGCUACCUUGAAAAGUCGAAUACUAUAGGAUAAUAAAUUAUACUUGAUUAUCGGUUAUUAUUUGCCACAGUUUGAUUUUCGAUUUUUAAAGUAUUAGAAUAGUUUCAGUAUACUGAAAGCCAAUAUACUUUAUACUCACAAUAUAGUUAGCAAUAAGCGAUUUAACACUUCUGCUGAAUACUCAGUUUUUGAAGGAGUCAACCUCAAAGGUGAUAUCAGUUUAGUUGGAGUUUGGAUAUCCACAAAAUAUUCAUCGCGACACGAGUUUUAUUCUACACAAUAUUCAAUAUGAAUUUGAAAUUCUGUGCCAAUCUAUCAUUCAUGUACCAAGAAACAAAUUGUCUUUUGGAGAGAUACAGUUUGGCGGCUAAAUCGGGAUUUACAUCUGUUGAAUGCGCAUUUCCAUACUCGGAUACUUUGGAAAAAGUAGUGCAAGCAAAAAAAAAUGCCAAUGUACAACAAAUUUUGAUAAACGCACCUAGAGGCGAAGCCCAUGAACUAGGUUUUGCAGCGAUUCCAAGUAUGGAGGAUAGUUUUCGUUCAUCUAUUGACUUGGCUGUAUCUUAUGCAAAUGCGCUGAACUGUUCCAAGAUUCAUGUUAUGGCAGGCAUAGUUGUUCAACCAACAAAAGUCAAUCAUGAGGCUUAUGAAAAUAAUUUAACUUAUGCUGCACAAAUCUUUGAAACUAAAGGCAUUAUGGGUUUAAUUGAGCCAAUUAAUAAAUAUUCUGCUCCAGGGUAUUAUUUAAAUACAUAUGAACGAGCAAUUGAUGUUCUGAACAAAAUAAAUAGCCCUAAUUUGAAGCUACAGUUAGAUAUAUUCCAUUUACAACAGAUCAAAGGAGACCUAACAAAUAACAUUAAGAGUUUGUUACCUCAUGUAGGACAUAUUCAAUUAGCUCAAGUUCCUGCACGUAACGAACCGAGUACAUCAGGUGAAAUAGAUUAUAAUUAUAUUUUUCAACUAUUAGAAGAACUUAACUACAGUGAAUGGAUUGGUUUAGAAUAUAACCCUAAAGGUGAUACGGACAAAGGAUUAUCGUGGCUAAGGGAUAUAAAAAGAACAGUAACAUUUUGAUGAGAAAUAUUUAAAAAAAGUACAUUACAACUUACAAGCAUUUAAAAAAAUAAAUUAAUAAUACAGUUUAAUUUAUUCUAUAAUCCAGAGCAUAUUUACUCCAGUCUUUCCAAGGUUGACACUCUCCAACAAACCAUUUUCAGUCGUUUUGAUGUGAUGCAGGAACAAUAAAACUGUAUAAAAAAAAUUAUUACGACCCUGAAACAAUGAAAAAUGUAUAGAAUUUCCAUUUUUUUACUUUUUAUAUUAAACAUUGUUGAAAACUUGUGUAACCAAAUCAAUUAUUAAGCUCAAACUAAUGAAUAUUCAUAAUAUAUUAUGCUAAUAAAAUGCUUUACC